CUACUGAUCUUAAGUUUGUUCCUAUCCAGACUAUCAUGAUCGAUAUUUUGUUUGUAUGUGAUAUGGAAUCUUAUCUAUGGUGAAAUGACUGGUAAAUUGGUGAAAUUCCUGAAGUUGUUCUAAUUAAUAAUUUGCAAACACACAUUCCCUUACUUCCCUGGGGUAGAAAGUUGAUAAUCCACCGGGAGGCAUGAUCUUAGUCGGAAGGAAAAUUAUUGAUACGGGUUAGCCUACAUGACCUGUAUGACAACACCUCGCCUAUGAACAAGCAUGAAGCGGAUUACGGUAUUGAUUGUGCUUCUUGUAGUCAAACAUGUCCAGAGUUACGUGCCCAAUUCCGAUAAAACAUCACGAUCAGAAGUUGGCCGGAGGAGAAUGCUGGUCAACUUACUACAUGCUAUCCGAACGCUACGAGAUCAUAAGAAAGUAAAAUCAGCAAGCCUGAUAUUUCCGAAAAUCGAUAAUAUACAUUCAGAUGAAGUCGGAGAAAAUUACAUAAGCCCUGAAUCAAAACUCGUUUCACAAAUCGAAAAAAAAAUUGAAAAAGUUCGAACCACAGGAAAAAAGAACCAGAUUAGCAAGCGAUCAAAAGGGAUUCACAGCAGAUCAAAAGGAACUCAUCACAGAAAACACAGAAAUGGAAAAGAACUGUUUUUGCAAUUACUCCAAACACUGAGGAGCCUUAGGACUAAAAAAAGUAGAAGUAGAGUCAACCUACCGAAGGAACGUAACCAGCAGGUGAAGAAAGAAAUGCAAGUGACUAAAGGAGACGUUAAAACCACGAUGCAACAGCGGCAUAACAACAGAUGGCUAGAUUUUGAUGAAAGAUCAAACGUAUUAAAGCCUGUGAAACACGUCGCUAAAAUUGGUACAAGUCAAACAAACAAAGCCAGGUAUUCCUUUGCACAAGCACGUAUGUCCUUCCUGGAGGCUCUGGAAACUGCCCAGGAUGAAAAACUAUCAAAACUUGCCAAUCUUGAGAAGAGAUUUUCGUAUAUAUUACCAGAAAAAGAAGAAAAUAAUCAUUUGAAAGUAGGAAAAGUAACAGGCCAUACGUUUCAAAAUGCCAGAGAGGGUCAGUCAACAACAAGGUUUAGUCAUGUACGUCGACCAUACCACGAUUUGGUCUUUAAAAGGCCUCAAAAUGUGAUUCCAACAAAAUUGUCGAUCUUAGAGAAGCCAUUUAAAAGGCAAAAAGCCUCAACUGGUUCUAAUUCAAUAUUCUCAUCACAUUCAACUACACAAAACAGUUUUGAAAAGAAAGAGAAUGUCGCUCCGUUCGCUAAUGAUGAUACAAACGACAGAAACAUUUCAAAAGUCAUGGAGAAUCCUCCAAAUGAGUCAAAGAGACGAAAGGAAUUAUUUUUGGAUGAAUUGUUGUCGAUAAGUAAUGCUCACAGUAAAUUCGAAAAACUAAAACGUCUUGAAAAACUUAAAGAGAAAUUACUGCGUAAUUUCGACAACGAUAAAGCAAUCGAGAAAGAAGGUAACGUCUCGUCACAUAGCUACAAGAAUGAAAGAAACAGACCGAUAAUCCGAAAAGGGGGAAAUCCUACGUUAGAUAUGAAAAACUAUACAAAAUCUUCACGGAUCGUGUCUGGCAAACCAAACGAUGACAAUCAACACAAUACUAUCGCUGGAAUAGGUUUACCUGGCAAAGUCGGUUCUUCAAAGCAAGGGCAGAUAGACAACGAAAACAAUGGGAAUCAGGGAAAUGCUACAGUGUUGGAAGAACACCUAACUACAAAUUCUUCACAAACGGUAGCGAAAAGUGAACCAAAUUCCCAGGACGUUAAUAUAAUUGGUGCUGCUCCACAGGCUUCUGGAUACGUCUCCACUAAAAGCAAGAAUGGAUCUGAGAGUGACCAUUCUUACCUUCCAUUGGACUCAUCAGCGAUAGCCCAACGGAAUGAGGGCGAAGAAUUAAAUAAUUCGCUGUCAUCAGUUGUUACCGAGCACGAUAAGAUAAUUUCAGAGUUGACCAAGUCAAAAGAACUCUCGAACCAGAUGUCAAACGAUAAAAAUAGAACCGAAAAUUCGCACAAAACUCUGUCAAAUAUAUUACAAAAGGCGCAGAGUAUUUUCCUCAAGAAGGUUAAAGAAAUCCUUGCUGGCAGUAAAAUAAAUGGUAGAAACACUAAACUUGCAAGUAAUGAAAACUCAGAGAAAGCUCCUGAGAAACCAAAAGGAGGUGUGAUUAAUACGUCAGCUUACGUGAUGGAUGAAUCACCGCAUGACGAAAAAACGGCAGCACAAACGACGCCGAACAAUUCAGGAAUUGUUCCUAAAACCCCAACGAACGACGAGCUUCUCAACUCAGUUAAUCGAAAUAUAGCCCAACCAGCAACACAACCGCCAAACUCUGGUAUAAAUUCGCCUAUGCAAUCAUUACAAACUUCCAUGGAUCAUACUCCUCCUCUGCAAACAGAAUCCGUUGGACAACAAGGACCAGGGAAUCCAGUUUCAGGACAACCAUUGACUUACUCGCAGUUACAAGACGCUCACGAGGAAGAAAGAAUUGCAAUGCAACAGGAAAAUGUUUUUCGUAGUAUGCAACCUGGAGCAGGCUUACCAUCAAGUAAUGGCGUGAAUUCAGCAAUAAAUAGUGCUACAAUGCCGUCUCAAAGGUACAUGGGCCCAAAUCCGUUACCUCAAACGAAUCACAAUCCUUUACAAAAUCCAGGAUUCCCUCCAAAUGUUGAUGACCUUAGUGAAUACAGAGGAGGUAUGGAAAGAUAUCAAUUGAGCAACCGUUUAGGUUACCAUGCAGAUAUAGACGAUAGAAACGAAGAUGACUACCUUCCACGCAGGCACAGGUUACAUUUCUACAGACAUCGUACUGACGAUGAAGACGACUAUGAUGAUGAUGACGAUGAAGAUGAUGAUGAUGAAGAUUUUGAUGAGGAUGGGGACAAAAAGUCAAAAAUCGGAAAGCCUCAUCAUGUAACUGGAAAAAAGAAACAUUCGACGAACCAUGGUUUUGGAAAUCCGUCAAAUUCUACCAAAGUAGAACAUAAGAAACACAAAAAGGGGCAUGUAAAAAGUACAGGAAGAUAACAUCAUAAACAUUAUUUUUCUUCAGUAGGGAAUGUAUAUCAGUUUAGAAAGAUACAAGCUAAUAAGCAAUGUCUCUAAGUAACUAUGAAGGCAGGCUGUGCAGGUUUUAUCAAUGACCUUAACUUUUUUCGAUCUAUUAUUCGUAGAGGCAUGCGGUGAUGAGUAAGAAAAUUUAGCCCUCUUUCAAAUUCAGCAAUAGAUCAGCUCAUAAACCAACACAUUUAAGGCAUUCAAUGUCUCGCAUACAUUAACGUUUGUUUACAGUCUUUAGUUGUAAUGUAACAUAAAGCACAGCGCAAAAUUAUCAUUAAUAACUUGAAAAAAUGCCCUCUUUGCAUGUGGGAAAUAUAAAUGAAAUGUAAUAAGUCAACCAGAGGGCAGUGACAAGGGUGCCAGACAGGUUUUAAAAAUCAUUUCACAUCGACGCGGUUUAGAUAAAGAAGGCCUAUAAAAUAUGAAAAAAAAGUCCGCCAGACAAACAGUGAUAUUUUCUAUACAAACAGCAACAAGUAGUCCAAGAAAUAUGCUCAAGUCUAGACAAUUAUUUUUUGUUAAAAUAAUAUCAUAUAUAAUAGUUAACCUUCCACGCAAAUAUUAAGACCUGACUCAAAAUAGUCAUUUCUGUCAAAACUAUCAAUGGCAUCAGUGGGCCAUAAGUGUUUCCUCAAAGAAAAAAAAUGGACAAGCUUAGACAUUCUAAUCCAAUGCGCAUUCACCGUAAUAAAUGUGUAUAUAAGCUAGAAAAACAUGCUAUAACUGUAUAGAAACACAUUGAAAGGACAUUAUAGUGGAGCAGGUUAAAUUGGCAAAAAAUAAACCAACAGAAAGGA